CCAUCCUCGCCUCUCGGCCAGUGGAAUAAUUUCUGGGAAAGGGGAUUUUUUUUUCUCUCUGGUCGGUUUGACGUUGUGUUGCUGUGUGAGAAUCUGGAAGCUGUGACCUGGAUUUAGCCUAUCGAGCCCAUGAGAGAGAGAGAGAGGGUGGGAGGACAGGCAGCAUUAAGUGUGCUUCAUUCUCUCUGUGUAAACCGAAACCAUCAGGCUUGUCUGGAGAACUAGGGGAUCGGCAACAACCCAGACCGUGCACAGUUGAACCUUCACACGGCAGAUAUACAGACCCAUAACCUGGUGACACAGCAAAAGAACACAACACAGCCUUUUCCCACUUGGAUUUGGAUCUGUUUGGAAAGCCUUCUGAGAGGUGCACUAACCUCUUGCAGAAGCAACCCUUUACUGGAAUGACAUUUACCUCAAGUCAUAAGUGGAAGAAGUGGAGCCAGAAAGGACACAUGCCCCAGGGGGAGCUAUUUCUGUGCUACACCAUCUUUGAUUGUACUACGCUUUGAACAACACUUCUAAGUGCUGUAUGGUUCUGUAUGUGCCCGAAAGGAAAGGGCCAUUUCCCAACACGGGACAGCUUGAGUGCAGCCCCCUGUUAUGAGAGGUCGCUUUGUCCCCAUUUGCUCUUAAUGUCCCAGGAAAUGUGCUAUGACAUCAGCAGUGGUGGACUGUGGAAGCCUGGUGUUUGACUUUGCCAGUAAUGUAAUGGAGAACCAUCAGCAGCAGGAUGCAGAAAAGGGUCCAGGGUACCCUGCAGUGAUUGUAGAGCCAGUUCCCAGUGCCAAGCUCGAUCAGAGCUAUGCAGCACAGAUUUUGGUCUAUGACGAUGAAACUUACUUGAUGCAAGAUGUUGCUGAGGAACAGGAGAUUGAGACUGAUCCAGCAGAAGCAGUGGAAGCAUCUGUCCACAGCAGUCAUGUCCAUUGCACAGAUAAGACCAUUGAGGCAGCUGAAGCCCUGCUUCAUAUGGAUUCUCCAACCAACCUGAGGGAUGACAAGAACAGCGUCCAGGUAUUUGUGCCACCCUGUGUGUCGACCCCAGAAUUUGUCCACGCUGCAAUGAGACCUGAUGUGAUUACUGAAACAGUGGUGGAAGUGUCGACGGAGGAGCCAGAGCCCAUGGACACUUCCCCUGCCGUGCCGAUACUCGAAACCCCUGAACCAACCAAAAAAAAGAAAGCUGGUCGAAAACCAAAGAACCAGCAGUCUGGGUUACCUAAUAGUGCAUCGGAUCUGUCUGUGAAAAAGAAGGCUAGAGAAGGGAAAGGGAACACUACAUAUCUCUGGGAGUUCCUUCUUGACUUACUACAAGACAAAAACACUUGUCCUCGAUACAUCAAGUGGACUCAGCGGGAGAAGGGCAUCUUCAAACUGGUUGACUCUAAGGCAGUGUCCAAGCUUUGGGGGAAACACAAGAACAAGCCGGACAUGAAUUAUGAGACAAUGGGGAGGGCUCUAAGGUAUUAUUACCAAAGGGGAAUCCUGGCCAAGGUGGAAGGACAACGCUUAGUCUAUCAGUUUAAAGAAAUGCCCAAGAACUUGGUAAUUAUUGAUGAGGACAAAGCUGAUGCCAACAGCGAGGGAUCAUAUCCACCUGAAAUCCGGACUGAUGUAGUUGGCCACUUAUCUGAAGGAAUUUCUCCAUCUUUAGAAAAUAUCUCCUCUCACAUUUCCUCAAAAUCUGUAGUAGCUUCUCGAGGGGCGAGGAGUUCAGCGCCGCAAAGUGUUGUGAAGCUAGGGAGGGCUGCAACGGUGAAGGUCUGGUCGCCAAGUCCCAGUGGAGUCUUGUCUCCGGUGCCUACAACCUCCCUACCAGUAGUAACCUCAACAGUUCCAAGAACUGUCCGUGUGGCAAUGCAGGUGCCUGUUGUAAUGACCUCUUCGGGCCAGAAGAUUUCAUCAGUGGCCGUUCAGUCAGUGAACCCGGUUUCAACAGUAAUAACCAGCACAAACACGACUGUUACCACUCCAAAGGUUCUCAUCCAAACCAUCCCAACAAUGGUACCUCCUACAACAGAGAACGGAGACAAGGUCACCAUGCAGCCUACAAAAAUUAUUACCAUCCCUGCGACACAGAUAACCCAGUGUCACUUACAGACAAAGGCAGGCUUGGCUACGACUGGCAGCAUUAACAUUGUUGGAGCUCAGGGAGCUAUUCGAGCUCUUUCUCCGAUGCCCAUGGCAGGAGGGACACCUGUGAUGAGACUAGCAGUGCCUGCCCAGCAGUCUACCAGCCAGAGUCCUGCUCGAGUUAUUACUGCAGUUAUCAAAGGAGCAGACGUCAAACAGGAAGGCAUGGCUGCAAAGGUGGGAGCCGAGGUCCAUAAUAUGCCCAUGAUUAAGGAAGAGCGUUCAGUAGAGGGUAGCAAAACAGUGACUCGUUGGGUGGUUGUCAGUGCACCCUCAACAAUCGCCCUUCCUUUGACAAUGAAAACAGAGGCAGAAGCCACGGUGACUGGUGAAAAAUAGCUGUGCAACUGUUAAUAGAGUUCGCAGUGGGACUUCUCCAGCAGGUAGUAAACUUUUCCACCCCACGUUUUGCCGUGGGUCUUGAGCCACAUCAUCAAAUGCUGACAAAGGAACUUUUCAAAUAGGAACAAAUGAAACUUCAAUGAAUUCGAAUGCAAUUGAUAUUCAUUGCGUAUUGAUCCAAAAAAAAAGGGACCAUGUGUUUCACUACAUUUUAAGUCUAUAUUAAGAACUUUUGAAACACUAAUGUUUUGGUGAUUUGGUUUGGAAUGUUUUUCUGAAGACUGCAGAAAUUUUAAAGCACAAGUGAUAUCAGGAAUUUACUUCCACUCUCAGCCGCCAUUUUACUGUGAGUUCUAGUCUGUGCUUUUGAGUUCAGAUGUGACCUUGUCUUUGCUAUGUUAAUGAUGACACAGUUCACACUGGCUGUAACUUAGUGUUUGAAGCAGAAGACUAUGCGUCUUCUUUUCCAGCAUUCCAGUCCUUCCGUUGGUUCAGUUUUAAUAAAUAGUCCUGUGUUACGUUUACUAAUGUAAAUCUGUCCCAAUUUAAGACUUACCAUUUUCACAGACUAAAAUGUACUUUAAAAUGUUGUUCCCUUAAUUUCCAUUCGAAGCCCUUCCCACCAUGUCUCACACUCCACAUCCUGUUACCUUUAAGAAAAUAGCCUCAUAGGUCUUCCCUGGAAUUAUAAAAUGAAUUAGCACAAUGGUUAUUUAUUUGAAGGGUCAUAUAACGGUAACAGCUCACAGCCCAUUGCUCUGUGAAUGUAAGAGCUUGUUGCAGAGUUCAAUGUAUGUAUAUGUCAUCAUAAACUACCCUGAAAUUCAUUUUCUUGCAGAGUUGGCUUGCAAGAGAAUUCCUGGUAACACUGGUUCUUUUAAAACUAAAUGCUGCCUAUUGCAUUUCAAAGGAAUAUUGACAUUUGUUAAAUAACACUGUGUGCUCACAGUACUUUUCCUUCUACUGGUGCUAAGUGAGUUCUCUACAAACCGUAUGGAAUGUGAAGGAUUAUGUUGAAAUGGAAGUUAUUACUUUUAUUUGGAGGAGGUUUGGUAUUUUCAGGAUUUGUAUAAUUACAUUUAGUGAGCAAUGUUAAAUGACAUUUGAGUUUUUCCAUUUUUUAAAAAAAAAUAAGCUAUAUACAAACUAGCUUUUUGUUAAAAGCUCUUUUUAAUCUUACACGAAGCACAGUAUUGUUAUGGAGUAACAUGUUAUUUUAUGGUAGUUAGAACCUGCCAGACACAGAUUCUGGUCAAGUUAAGUGACUGACCUUUGGCUAUAACCUUUUAUUUUAAUAAUGCCUGUGUUACUUUGCCUUGGUGUAUGUAUAAACAUUUUGCUUUUAUUUUCCUGCCACUUAAAGGUCACAUGUUCAGUCUAGCUUAGUGCAAUGAGCUGUUCCUUUUCAGGUAGUUCUAAACCUGUUGACUUCAAUUAAAGAGGAAGUCUCGCCAUCAGGACCCAAAUAUUUUAAAAAAGAAAACUGUUACAUGAAAUUAUAAUUAACAUCCUUUUGUCCAUCUAUUUUAUCAAUUUUUAUGUAUGUGUUGAAGAUGAACUGUGAUGUAUGUUGGAGGGGAGAAUUGUUUUGGUUAGGACUGUUGAGGUACCAUAUGCAGUUAAUGUUCAGCUCCUCCAUGGUGACUCCCUUUUUCCCUGGUACUGCCUUUGGAUUUCACCAGUGCUCACUGUUCAAAUGUAUUCAAAAAACCUGAAACAAUGGACCAAAACAAUGUUAAACCCUUCGAAACCACCUGCUUUUUGAAACUGGAUUCUGGUAUUGAAACUCCCUCCUUAAUGAGUGAUUAGGGAGAUUACCAGUGUUCUGACUGAAGAUGUUUGUACAGUUUCAACAUUUGAAGUAUAUUCUAUUUUGUUGUACUCUUGUUUCAAAGUGUAUUCAAGUAGAUUUUACCAAACUUUAACAGUGAAUCCUGUUUUGAUUGUGUUUUGGUAAAGAAAUGCGAAGUA